AUGGAAGAAGAGCGAGCACUGUCCCCGGUGUCCGAUGCCUGCACCACCUGCAGCAGCUCCGGCGGUACCGGCCCCAACUCCCCCGUCGCUUCGUCGUCGCAGUCUCUGGACGACACCAGCGGCGGCGGCGGCGGCGCCGGCGGCUCGAGCAGCCGGAAGCGGCCGCGCCGGGAGCUGAAGCACCCAACGUACCGCGGCGUGCGCAUGCGCGCGUGGGGCAAGUGGGUGUCCGAGAUCCGGGAGCCCCGCAAGAAGUCCCGCAUCUGGCUGGGCACCUUCGACACCCCCGAGAUGGCGGCGCGCGCGCACGACGUCGCCGCGCUCGCCAUCAAGGGCCGCGCCGCGCACCUCAACUUCCCGGAGAUGUCCCACGAGCUGCCCCGCGCCGCAUCGGCGGGCCCCGAGGACGUGCGUGCCGCGGCGGCGCUCGCGGCCGCGAUGGAGAUUGGGGAGAGCGUGGCGCCGCCCACGUCUAGCGAUUCUAGCCACGGCGCCCGCAAUGACGAGAGUGAAGAGCCGGCCGCAUCAAGCUCCUCCGGCAACGACGCCGACGACAGUGCUCAGAGCGAAGAGCCGGCUGCGCCGCCGUCUGAGCAUUCGAUGCUGGCGGACGGGCACAUCCUUGAUCUCGCGCUCUUCGAGCUGCCGGACGUUCUACUCGAGUUCGGCUUCGCGCUGCCGCCGCCGUUGACGUCUUGUGGCUAUGAUUUGUCCUGGGACGAGCCGUUGCUGCUCUGGGAGCACUGA